UCAUAUUCCCAAAUGCAGCUCCUCCCCUCCUCCUUCCCCUUCUUCUGCCACUCACUGUCUCAACUCUGAGCCGCCCCACCAUUCAUUUGUUGCGCAAGUUUCCAAAUUGAACUCAAAAGAUUCAAGCUUUCUCAAAUUCAAGCUCAACCAUUGAGUUGAUUGUAAACAUUUCAUGUGUUUGCAUCAGAGGCACUUAUUUAUGUCAAUUUGAACUGUGUUAAGCAUAUUGAGAGAGAGAGAGAGAGGAGUUUCAGAUUCUGUGUUUUGUGUUCUGUGUUCUGUGUUCCAUGACUAUAAGAUGGCCAAGAGUGUUGACACCAACAUACCUCUCUCAGAUUAUAAGAACACAAAAGAAUCCAAUGAAAGCUCUGCACAUUUUCAAUGAAGCCAAAUCCAGGUACCCCAAGUACACCCACAAUGGUCCUGUCUAUGCUACCAUGAUCAGCAUCCUUGGAACAUCAGGGAGACUCGGCGAGAUGAGAGAUGUGAUUGAGCAGAUGAGACAGGAUUCAUGUGAAUGCAAAGAUACUGUCUUUGCUUCUGCUAUUAACAUAUAUGCCAAUGCAGGGCUGGUUGAUGAAGCAAUCACUUUGUUUAAGAACAUUCCUCAGUUUAAUUGUGUGAACUGGACACAAUCCUUCAAUACCCUUUUGCAAAUCAUGGUGAGUGAGGACCGCCUUGAGGCUGCUCACGGUCUUUUUGUUGACAAUUCUUGUGGUUGGGAAGUGAAGUCUCGUGUUCAGGCGUUGAACCUGCUUAUGUACGCUCUCUGCGGGAAGGGCCGCUCUGAUUUGGCGUUGCAAAUAUUCCAAGAGAUGGAUUAUCAAGGCUGCUAUCCGAAUAGGGAUAGUUAUGCGAUUUUGAUGAAGGGAUUGUGUCGUGACGGGAGGUUACAUGAGGCCACCCAUUUGUUGUAUUCAAUGUUUUGGAGAAUCUCGCAGAAAGGAAAUGGCGAGGACAUUGUGGUCUAUAGAACUCUUUUGGAUGCCUUGUGUGAGGAUGGAAAAUUUGAAGAAGCUAUAGAGAUUCUGAGUAAAAUUUUGAGGAAAGGGUUGAAAGCUCCAAAGCGAUGUUAUAACCGUCUUGAUCUCAGUCAAUGCAGUGAUGGUAGAGAUAUAGAAGGCACUAAGCGGUUGAUUCAUGAAGCUUUGAUCAAGGGCUCAGUUCCUAGUUUGUCAAGCUAUAAUGCCAUGGCUGUUGAUCUAUACAGUGAAAGUAAGAUAGAUGAGGCUGAUAAAGUUAUCGUCGAAAUGCAAGACAGAGGCUUUAAACCAACACGUGCAAUCUUUGAGGCAAAGGUAGCUGCAUUGUGCAAGGUCAGUAGGGUGGAUGAGGCAAUCAAGGUAAUUGAAGAGGACAUGGUGGCAGUCAAUUGUCUACCAAAUUCUGAAGUGUAUAAUAUUCUUUUGAAAAACCUACGCAAAGUAGGAAAUUCAGCUGCUGUGCUUGAGAGCUUGAACAAAAUGUCUAAGAAGGUAGGUUGCACAGCUGACAGGGAAACUUAUAUCAUUUUACUGGAAAUGUUAUGCCGAGAGAGAAGGUAUCUUGAGGCGAGCCAACUUUUGGAGCAAAUGUCAAUUAAAUCAUAUUGGCCUUGCGCUGAUAGUUACAAUUCACUCAUUAAGGGUCUUUGCUCCUUAGGCAGGCAAUAUGAAGCUGUUAUGUGGUUGGAGGACAUGAUAAGCCAGGGAAAGCUUCCUGAAAUUUCUGUAUGGAAGUCAUUAGCGUCUUUAUUUUGUAACUUAGAGAUGAUGAAAGCGUCCUCUGAGAUAUUUAAUCGCCUAAGAAGUUUGUGAUUCUAAUUACUGUUGUUAUAUAAUAUGACUAAAUAGUGAAUAGAAACCAGUACUACCAAUUUUUUCAAUAUACCUGCUUCUUCAUUAACUUCAAAGAUGCCAUAUUGAAUGCUAUUCACUUAUAACUUGAUCUGUCAAACUUGUUCAGUUAGCAAGCUUGCAUUCUCUGUUCUGACCUGAACUACAGGCAGUGUUAUCAAAUACCCACCAUGGUGGAAUCUCAUGGCGGGUUUUUGGCUCUCUGCAAAGGCCAAUAUCCCGCCAUAAUCCGCCAUUCGCCAUCAUUAUUUGUCAAAUAUGGUGGGGUUUUGGUUCUCCGCCAUGAACAACAUUGACUGCAGGCAUGGUAUAAGAUUGGGCAUGAAGUCAUAAUCUUUGCAUGGACCAGGGUCCAUUUUUUUUCCAGGGGUUUGAUUGGUGAAUAAGUCUCUAUCUAUGGAGAUUCUUUUGGUUGUUUUUGUACUUUG